GUUGUAGGUAGUAGUUGCUCCAAUAGCCUUAACUGCCUUAAAUCUCUCUCCCAUACCUUCAUUCCAUAAAUACGUUCUACAUGUGGGUCUUUGAUCGAUUCAUUGAUUCAUUGAUUCUAUAACUAUAUUCACAAUCCCUUAUAACAUACAUAUAUACCAGUGUCCUGGGAGUAACAGAUUCAAGAAAACAUGAACUCCAUUGACGGGUCUGUUUGGAAGAGAAGAUCUAAAGAGAUCUGUUGCGAUGAUGACAAAUCUCAGCUUCUUGUUGCCUCAAUUAAGAAGAAAAACAAGAACAAGAACAAGAAGACUGUGAAUCAGGGGACCCGAACAGAGUACCCGUUAUUGAGAUUUGAAGAUUUACCAGAGUACAUGAAGGAUAACGAGUUUAUUUUGAAUUAUUACAGAGCUGAUUGGCCUUUAAAGCAAGCCCUUUUUAGCCUUUUCCGCUGGCACAAUGAAACCCUAAAUGUAUGGACGCAUUUAAUCGGAUUUGUUGUAUUUGUGGGAUUAACCAUUACAAACGUUAUGCAUGUGCCUCAAGUUUCACAGUUCCUCAAUUUGUUAACUUGGUCUUUCCCGUUAGGCCCGGGUGCAAACGCCUCACAUAAUUCAAUUAUGGAUACACCAAAACUCAUUGACUUAAAGCACGAAUCACCGCUAGACAUGGACAUCGGGCCGCCACUACUGGCGGCAACGCGGUGGCCAUUCUUCGUGUUCUUAGGCGGCUCGAUGUUCUGCCUCCUUUCCUCCUCCACCUGCCACCUCUUCGGCUGCCACUCCCACCACCUCAACCUCCUCCUCCUCCAAAUGGACUACGUCGGAAUCACCAUCAUGAUCAUCACCUCGUUUUUCCCUCCAAUUUACUACAUUUUCCAAUGCGAGCCCAUAUGGCAAUUCGUCUACCUCGGUGGAAUCACAGCCAUGGGUGUAUUUACCGUUAUAACCCUACUGGCACCAGCGCUUUCCAGUGGAAAGUUCCGGUCUUUUCGGGCUUUUCUGUUUAUGGGUAUGGGCCUGUUUGGGCUCGUACCCGCGGUUCAUGCUGUUGUUGUCAACUGGCAUGAACCGCAGAGGAAUGGAAUCCUCGCAUAUGAAACCGCGAUGGCGGUUUCAUAUCUGACGGGUACGAUGUUUUAUAUUAGCAGAAUCCCAGAAAGAUUUAAGCCUGGUUGGUUUGAUUUGGCGGGACAUAGUCAUCAGAUUUUUCAUUGUUUUGUGAUUAUGGGUGCGUUGGCUCAUUAUGGAGCUGCACUUGUGUUUCUUGAAUUUCGAGGUCAGGUUGGUUGUUGACGUCACCAUGGUGAUGACGUGGAAUUUGUUUUUAAUCGAUUAAUAUUUUCGGUUUAUGGGUCCAUUUUUUAUUAUAUGAAGGUGUAGAAUGAAAAUGUGAUAGUGAGUCGGUAUGUUGUGAAAAUGGGUCCUGUUAAUUUUUUUUUCUCCAUAUUUUUUUGACACUAAUAUAUUGUCAAAUUGUUGUAUCAUGAGAAGAUAUAAAACUCAAAUUGUAGCUAAAUGGAUGGAUAUAUUGUUAUGAAAUGUUGAUCGAUUUAUGGA